AGAAGAAGAGGAGGAGGAGGAAGAAGGAAUGCCGUGUGGGUAUUAUCCAUAUCCUCCUGCUUUAGCAACUUACGAGGAUGUAGUUUCCUCACGUGACCUUUUUAUGGAUACCCUCAAGAAGCUCCACUCUUCCAUGGGAACCAAGUUCAUGAUUCCGGUGGUGGGUGGCAGGGACUUGGAUUUGCACAGGCUCUUCAUUGAAGUUACAUCUCGUGGUGGCAUCGCAAAGGUUGUGGGGGAGAGGAGAUGGAAAGAAGUGACAUCAGCAUUCGAGUUUCCAUCGUCAGCCACCAAUGCUUCCUUCAUACUCCGAAAGUAUUACGUCUCUCUCCUCUACAACUACGAGCAGAUUUAUUUUUUCAAGUCCAAGUCCUGGACUCCCUCUUCCCCUGCCUCUGUCUCUCCCGCCAUCAAACAAUUCCCGCCAAACACCUCAUUAUCAUCAUCAUCAUCAACUCUUCCGGUGAGUGGAGUGAUCGACGGAAAGUUCGAGGAUGGGUAUCUCGUAACGGUCCAGAUAGGGUCCGAGGAGUUCAAAGGAGUUCUUUACGAAGCUGAGGCUGACAGCGAUGCAUUAUCAUUAGGAGGAAGAAGAAGAAUAGAGGCGGCGACGGCGGCGGCGGGGGGUUUGGGAUUGGGAUUAGUGCAUGAUUCUUCUUAUUCUUCUUCUUCAAGGUCGAGGACCCGACGCAAGCGGCGGAAGAAAUCGGAGAUCCGGAAGAGGGAUCCGGGUCACCCGAAGCCGAACCGGAGCGGGUACAAUUUCUUCUUUGCUGACCAGCACGCCAAGCUGAAGCCGCUCUACCAUGGCAAGGACAGAGAGAUCAGUCGCAUCAUAGGCGAGUCAUGGAACAAGCUCAACGAAGACCAACGACUGGUCUAUCAGGAGAAAGCUCUCAAGGACAAAGAGCGGUACAAGAUGGAAAUGGAGGAGUACCGGGAAAGGUUACGACGUGGACAAAUCGUGCCAAUACCUGCAGUAGCAGCACCGCCACCGGUGCAGCAGCAGCAACCCCAACCGGAACCACCACCACCGGCGGCGGCGGCGGCGAUCGGCCUCAGCCUGGUGGCAGAAGCAGCGUACACUGAGGGUGAGGGUGAGGAGGCGAGUACUACAGAUAAAAGCAACUUGGAAGAAUACCAGGAUGUUGAUGACGACGACGAUGACGAUGAUAGCGAGGAGAUGAACCUGAAGAAUGUGAAUGUUGAGAUGAUGGCUGAUGACGCGUCAUUCCAUUUGCAGACUCAGACACCGCCGGAGAAGGAGAAGGAGGAGAUUGAAGACAGUCCUCAACCUCAACCUCAACCUCGUAGUGAAACUCAAACUGAGAAUAGAAUCUGGUUUUUGUCCCCACACAAACACAAACAUAAUGAUGAUAAUAAUAAUACUACUAAUAAUCCCACUGACCACGUCGUCCAAGGAGAAACAAUAUCAUCAUCAUCGUCGCCGCUGCUUCAUAUUCAAGUUCAACAAACAUUCCCCUUCAACAAGGAAUUAUAG